UCUAAUAAACAUCUGACAGAGAUUUACAGAGUCCUAGAACCUUCCAUUACGACGCCAUUAAAAUUCAGUUUCUUCCCUCCAUUAUCAUACAAUCAAACUCUAAGAACUCGAUCCUUCUUCCAAUAAUCAUAGUCAUUAACCUUCCAAUCUCAGAUUAAUUACUUUUGAUCAAAGCGAUGGAUGAAAUGAAAGUGAAGCCGGAGAAAUCAGUGGCCGUCGGCACGGCGGUGUGUUCUUCUUCUUCUUCGUCGGGUUCGAGUGUCACUCCCCAGCCGAUCGAAGGGAUACACGAUGUAGGUCCGCCUCCAUUUCUCACUAAGACCUUUGAAAUGGUGGAAGAUCCAUUGACGGACUCCAUUGUUUCGUGGAGUAAAGCUCGUAAUAGCUUCAUCGUUUGGGAUUAUCACAAAUUCUCCAGUUCCUUGCUUCCUCGAUACUUCAAACACUCCAAUUUCUCUAGUUUCGUUCGUCAGCUCAAUACUUAUGGUUUUCGAAAAGUCGAUCCUGAUCGUUGGGAGUUCGCGAAUGAGGGGUUUCUGGGAGGACAGCGACAUCUGCUGAGAACGAUAAAGAGGAGGAGACAUUCAACUCAAAGCUUCCAGCACCACCAAGGAGGAAUAUGUGUGGAAUUGGGUGAAUUUGGACUGGAAGGUGAACUCGAGAGGUUGAAAAGGGACAGAAGCUCGUUAAUGGCGGAAUUGGUAAGAUUGCGUCAGCAACACCAGAGCUCAAGAGAGCAAAUAAUAGCCAUGGAGGAUAGGUUAGAGAAAUCUGAGAAUAAACAGAAGCAGAUCAUGACAUUCCUCAGCAAAGCCCUUAAGAAUCCAUCAUUCGUUCAGAAAUUUAUCCAUAGUAAUCAGGGAAGAGAAUUGAGAGGCGUUGAAAUUGGACGAAAGCGAAGACUGACUUCCAGCCCAAGUGUAGAGAAUCUCCAGGAAGAGAGUGUACCAGUGGCUGUUAAAGAAGAAGAGCCAGAUAUGGAGACGCUGUUAGCAGUCAACUUUGAAGGCGAGUCAAACGGCGAGAUCACAGACCCUGUUUCUGAUGGCAUUCCCAUGGCAGCCAUGGAUGUGGGUCUCUCAGCUCACGAGGAACUGGGGUUCUUCAGUGAACUCUGGGCUGAAGAUCCUUGGGCUGGGUAUCCAGAGGAAGAACCUAUAAUGGUUGGCAAUCAAUCAGACAUCGAUGUGGAAGUGGAGGAUCUGAUUGCUGAGCCACCUGAUUGGCCUGAGAACUUGCAGGAUCUCGUCGAUCAAAUGGAGUUUCUCCGGCCGAAGCCGUAGACAUAAGAAUAUAGAGAGUGAAAUCAAUGUGUUCAGCUGGCUGUGGUGUAGAAAGGAAUGAUGGAGGAGGAUGCAGAGGAGCGCCACAGAUUAUCAUAUCCUUUGAAACUCAUUGGGAUUUCAAUAUUAUAUACUUCCAAUAUUUUUGGUUGUUGUGUUAAAUUGGUUUGUGGUCAUUUUUUUCCUCCGUGGUUUUAUUUGCAGGCAUAUGCAGAAAAGGAAACCGCGAAGAUCCAGACAUUCGCCGAAUUCUUUACCAUUUUAAGAACCAAAUUUCUUCCCUCGAGAGGUUUUGUUAGGGGAUUCAGAGGCAGAAGCCUGAAGAACCUUUGAUGGGUGUUGUUGUGUUGUAAUGGAAGCGAAAACAAGAUCGGUCAAACCAAUCACCAAUCGAAGUUCCCAAAAAGUAGGGAGUGAAGGAAAAGCAUGUCUAGCCAUAGAUUCAAGCAGACACAGAUGAAUGAAAGCUACAUAUUUAAAUUAAAAGGC